CCCGGCACCUCCCGGCCGCGACCAGAGCGCAGAGCCGCGGAGGAGCAGCGCCCCGCGGGUCCCUGCGUCGCGGAUCGCGGGGAGGUUCGCGGCGGCUGCGGUCGCGCCGGCAGGAUUUAGAGUUCAGCUGGAAUCUUUCAUAACGGAGUGAAGCUAGAAACUUGACAGAUGCCUGUGCCGCCACCGCCUCCUCCCCCUCCGCCACCACCUCUCCCAGCUUCUGGAGGACCACCCCCACCACCUCCACCAUUGCGAUCUUCAUUACCUCUGGCAAGUACAGAGCCCCCAAAGUUCAGAAAGGAAGAUCAAAAAGAUCGAAGUGCAUUGCUAGCAGAUAUUCAGCAAGGGGCUCGCUUAAGGAAAGUUACCCAAAUCAAUGACCGAAGUGCACCACAGAUUGAAAAACCCAGAGGACCUAACAGAGAUGGAGAUGGCCCAGCAACCAGCAAAAGUGGUGCUCAACCAUCGUUGGGGGGCUUGUUUGCAGGUGGCUUUCCCAUGCUGAAACCGGUUGGCCAAAGAGACAUGACGGCUGGCAAGGCUGGGCAGCUGCCUGGAGUCCGAGUGCCUCCUCCAAAGUCUCCAGCCCCAUUGAACAGCAAUGCCAAAGCAAGCAGUCAUGUUUCAAGUCUGCCUGAUUGUGCAAGAGCAGCACACCCAUCGGAGCUACCCGGUGGGCCACGAGCAGGACCAGCUCGGCCCAGCAUGCCUGCCCCUCCCCCACCUCCGCCAGUUUCCAGCAAACCUUCCCUUGUUUUCCCACCUCCUCCACCUCUUCCCUCUCCUCUGGAAAAACCUGCAAAAGUGUCACCCCCGAAUUUGGUUCCUCCACCACCACCACCACCUCCUCCUCCUCCACAGAGUGACAAGCCUGCCAAGGUUCAAGCAACAGCUUUGUACCUGCCACCUCCUCCCCUGCCCCUGGCACCGCCUUGUGGAUUGCCAGUCAGAACAACUGACUUUCCUAGUACUUCUCCCCCACAGCCUGAUUUGAGGGAUUAUCCACCUCCAACUCCACCCCCGCCUCCACCACCACUGCCUCCUACUUCUUCACCCAGGGGAUCCUUGCCGCUGCCACCCUCCCCUAGCUUUAACAGCGCUGUGAACAGCCAUGACAUUCCACCCGCACUGCCCCCCAAAUCUCCACACUUGCUGUUCCAAAAACCUGGUAUUCAGUCCAUGCCUCUCCCCCCUGCCCCACCCUUCUCUCAGCCUGCUGCAGCAGUGCAGAAAAAGAGACAAGGCAGAGGAGCAGCAAGCAACACGGGGAAGUUAAUUCCGCCUCCGCUGCCUCCAGCAAGAUCACCAUCAACUGAGCUUACGAGCAAGUGUCCAUAUACCCAAGUUUCAUCGCGGCCAGCUGCACAUGAGCCCUAUCCACAGCACAGAAAUGGACACAUGCACAUCAUUGAUGACUUUGAGUCUAAGUUUAUUUUCCAUUCUGUGGAAGAAUUCCCCCCUCCUGAUGAAUUCAAGCCAUUUCAGAGAAUUUAUCCCAGCAAGGCAUCUAGAGAUACCCCUAAAAAUCCUCCACUAAGAACACAUGUGAGAUGAGAAGAUCCCUCUAACAGACCUCUGGUGCAGUACUACACAGGACGAGUGAAGAUAACAAGAUAAUAUAUGAAACAGAGGAGGUUUUGUUAAAUGAGUAGAGAUUAUAUUUUAACAAUCAAAUGAUGCAGUGUCGGACCUGAUUUGAUAUUUUUAAAACUGGAAAAGAAAUACUUUAAUUAUGCAUUCUCUGAACGAGUCUAGUCAUUGUUUGGCAAUAGAGGAGAGUGCUGGCACAGGCUUUUAAAUUAUUGUUGGAUACUUUACUUCAGGAAUUUUUAAAACCAAGCACCAUGAGAUUUAAAUUCUUUAGUAGUGUUCACUAUGUAAUUCUCAUUCAAAUCAUCAUCAAGAGAUAUCAUCUCAAACAGUAUUCCAUGCAUUAAAUACACUCAGAUAUUUUUCUUUGUCACCUUUUAAAUAUUUUUAGUAUCCCCCCCCCCCCCCCCCGAGAGCUCUAAUUAUAUUUACAGGAGUUUUCAAUUAGCUAUCUGAAAAUAAGAUACUAUAUAUUGUAUGGUUAUUGGCAUGACUCUAUAAUCUCAUUGUAAGUUACUCUGCUGCCUGUUUCCUACCUACCCCCCACACCGCUGCAAAAUGGCCUCUCCUUCAUUACCACCACAGAGGGGUCCAUAAUUACAGGGAUUUAUUGGUCAAACAUAUACCUAGGCAGGAGAAAGGGGCUGCGGACACCACUGCACACAGUAUGCUACUCUAUCUCAGGUUUGCUAGUGGGUGUACCCGUCAGAAGGGAAUGAGCUAGAACAUGACUACCUGGGCUGGACUGCCUAACAGCAUUGCCAUGCAUUGGCAGAUAGGGCAAAGCUUUUCCAAACUGCUUCUCCUGAGGUCAGAAAGCAAAACUGGGAUGAAUGCAUUUGCCAAUAAGUGUUUGUUUAAGGCCACAGCUGACCAUCAUGUCUCUAAAAUGUGAGCCUUUUGUACAGUAUAGAUUUUCUCUUUAAAUAUUGCUUAUUGCUAGCCAGGAGCCCACCUGCCACUUGUUUGACCGGCUUUCUAGACAUUGUCAUUCCCUCUCUCCUCUGCCCCCACAUUACCCCCAACAUGCCCCACUCCAGUUAGCUAAAGAAGCUUUUAAUAGCUACGUACUAGAAAGAAGACAACUGGUAUUGCUCAUUCUCACCAAUCUCUUCUGAACGGCUCUGGAAACAAUUGCCAGAAGUCCUCCUUCAUUUACAUGCUCCAUGCAGCUCUUUUCACCCAAAUACUAAAUGCGAGCCAUGAAGGGCUGCAGUCUGGAACUGCAGAUUGAUUCACAAGAUACCUCAGUUUGCCACAGGCACCAAAAACUCUCCUCCCCCUUCUUUCAGUUGCCGUGGUGGCUGACAGGGUGGUGAGCUAAUGCAGGUUACCUUCAUUACCUCACUGGAAAUCAGACUUUUCCUGGCAGAUGCACCCAUAGGUUGGUUUGUCUCUGAUUGGCUUAAAGUUAUCCAAUUAAAAUGGCCAGGUUAAGGGUGCUUCAAUCAGUCUUUUAAUUCACGUGUUGUUUCCCUUGGAGACUCUCACUUUCAGGACCCUGGUCCUGAUUUUCCACAGAGUGGCCUUAAUCUCUUGUUUUUCAGGAGCACGGGGGUGCCUGAAAUCAUUCCAGAGGUUCUGCACUCUGGCAGGCACCUCCUCAUUAACCCUCCUCUUUCCAGGGGGGCAGUGGCUGCUUAGCUGAACAGAACUGAUUCUGCAAGCAGCUGCCAGGAGGGGGAGCAGCAGGCUGCAGAUCGGAGGAGGGAGGGAGGAAACUCUUCCCGGUUGGCUAGAAAAGGAUCAGGAUUCUGGUUUCCACUUCUCAGCACAGAGAACCUGGGCCCCUCCCUAGGUUAGCAGAGGUGGUAGUGAUCGCCAAGGGAGGAAACUCAAAUGUGGAACCAGAGGGUAGAUUUUAGGAGAAUGGCUAGAUUUGAUGGUGGGGGCUGGGGAAAACUGAUGCAGUUAUGACUAUUCAAAUAUGCAUAUGAAAUUAAAGCCUUAUUUGCAUAAAAUCUGCAGCAUCCCAACUUGCAAAUAUAGCAGGUAUGUUAAAUCCAGUUUAGGGCUAUACUUCUGCCCUUUUGCUGUCUAUCUCUGGAUAGUGCCUUUCUCUGCAAAGUUAGCUAGUAGCCUUGUCAUCACCACGUAAAUACUAAGGAAGGCAGAAGUGGUCAUGCCCUUGCAACUAGCUGGACUUUAAGGACAUCAGGUAAAUAAGAUCCCAGCAACUCUGCUGUGGACAGUUGGGGGCGGGGAAGUUGUUCACCUGGUGCCUGACUGGUCAACAAAAAGCAGGUAACUGUGUGUGGAAUCAUUCAUGCAUGGAUAAGUGGGCUGCAGUUACCUACAUAUGCUUAAUAUACUACCCCGGUGAAGGGCUUGGGACCAGAUUCUUCAGUGAACUUUGGCCAUUUGACAGCUACUUUGCAUUGCUGGAGCCGCGGACCACAGCCGUGAAUCUGGCCCUGAGUCUGAGUGGACAGAGGAGGUACAGAGUGAGGUUCUGGAGCCACUGAAUUAUCUCCUGAAAGAUCAGCUUUUCCAGCUGUAGAUUGCAGCAGCACCAUAGGGCUUCUGAACAGUAACGCCCUCCUGGCUUUUUACUUGCCUGUACUGAUCCCUUAAUAAAGAGAGAGAGAGAGUGAGUGUGUGUGUGAGAGAGAGAGAGAGACAUAUUGAAAAUAUAAAUGCUGUCACCAGUAUUGUAAUUACAAUAGUUAACUGUGCUUGAGCAUAUAAAAUGUAAUCAAGUCAAAUUUAGGCAGGCGUCAACAUGGGCAUUGCAUCUUUUCUUACAGAAAGUCUAAUCCAAGGCUAUUCAGGAAUAGUAUUCUGCUACAGUAUUAGUGUCAUUGUGCAUUAAAAGCAAAUGUGGAGUAUGACUUCUUGCCUAUUCUCAUCUGUACUGGAACCUGUAAUACCGCGUAACAAAUAUUUUAUAAGGACUUUAAAAAAAUAUUAAAAUGUCUCCUGGUAAA